CAAUGGUGCCGAAGGUAGAGAACAUAAUUUCUCAUCUGUGGGAGGUGAUGCUCAGAAGUGAAGUGAUGGGCCAACGUAUCAAGAAAGUGUUAAAAAGAGACAUCGCAUUGGCCACUGCUAAGAUCAGUGCUCGUGCUGUCGCAGGUCUCCUCCUUGAUGGUCGAGAUUGCUCCAUUGUCUUCAAGUCUGACUUCAACCAGUCGGAGAGUGACAAUCGGAAUUUGAAUGUUAAGGUGAGUGAAGUAAGGAAGAACCCUUACACAUAUGGCGAUGAUGAUAGCAGCCGUGAUAUAUCGCCUCCUGUGCUCUCUUUACGGGUAGAAGAUGAGGAGGGACACCUUCGCUCACCGGGCAAGGAACUCACAUUCAACAUCACGAGGCCCAUAUCAAAGGAUUCUAUAGGAAUAUUUAGUGUGAAUAAGACGAGGCAAGGAGAAGAAGGAUUAUGUCAUCACAAGUUCCAGCUGAAGAAAGACUCUGAGGCCAUUCUUGUCUAUGUAGACAUAGGGAACAAGGCGGCCAAUUUGAUCGGCUAUUUUCGGUUUGUGUGAAAUUCACGUAUUUUGUAAAAACGUAUUUUCCUUUAAAAGUUUUGUUUGUCUCAUGUUAGUCUCCUAAUUCUGCGAUUGGGCAUGUUGCAGAGAGAAGCAACAUUGCACCCUCAGUUCUUUUUCUUAAUUCUAUGAUAGUGCAUGUUGCAGAUGGAAGCGAUUUUGUGCCUUCAGUUUCUUUUCUUAAUUCUAUGAUAGUGCAUGUUGCAGAGAGAAGCAACAUUGCACCUUCUGUUUCUUUUCUUGAUUCUGUGGUGGUGCAUGUUGCAGAGGGCGUAGAUGAGUACAAGUUGCUUGAGUAUACAGACAGCUGCAGGGUCUGGGACAGGAACCAGAGCGUGUGGACCUAUGAGUCGUGCAAAGUACGUUGUCGUGGGUGGUUGGCGGGAGCUCUGGUGUGGUUUGCUUC